UACCUACUAUAGCCCACUGGUGGUCCCGGUACUAACUAACAAUGAGAUAAAUUUUUACAAGAAAAUUGGACUUCUGAUAUUCUACAUAAUUCUAUAUUCUUUGAUUAAAUGUAUAAUAAAACUGAAAGGAACAUUUUACAAGUAAAGAUAUCCUGUUUACAAAUGUGAUCAGUGACAAUGAAUUAAAUUGAGCUAUCAUUUAUAAUAUGGCAUAUAAAAAUCCAAACGAGAUAGUAUUGAGCUAUCAAGAUUCUCUACUUCGUAAUUCAGAUGUAGAAUUACUGAAAGGACAACAUUGGCUCAAUGAUACUAUUAUUGGAUUUUAUCUCGAGUACUUAUAUGAUCAUCUAAAUGUUUCUGAUAAAAAUAAAAUACUAUAUAUUAGUCCAGAAUUAACUCAGUUAUUGAAAAUGACAGAGCUGUCACAGUACGAUAUAUUUUUAGAACCUAUUAAUGCACAUAGUAAGGAGUUUAUCUUUUUCCCAUUAAAUAAUAUGAGUAAAAAAGAUGCUGCUGGUGGAUCGCAUUGGAGCUUACUGGUAUAUUCUAAACCAGAAAAUACUUAUUUUCAUUUUGAUUCUUGUCAAGGUACUAAUGGAUCAAUAGCAUCAACUUUUACCAAUAAUCUCAUGUUGUAUUUUAAUUGUACAAAUGAUACCAGAUUUAUUGAAAGAGAUUGUCCUCAACAAGAUAAUGGAUUUGAUUGUGGUUUAUAUGUUUUAUGUUUCAUCGAAAUAAUUUCUCAAUACAUUUUACAAAACGAUAUAAUAAGAUAUUGUAAAUUAGACAUUAUCGAUAACUACGUUAGGUUUAAACGUGAAGAGUUAUUGCUUUUGAUCACUUCAAUGAAGAGAAAACAAGAACAACAAUCUUAUGGAGCUGAAGAAAUACCACAUGCAUAAAUUAUUAUUAUUAUUAUUACAUAUUAUUUUAUAUAUUUUAUUUCUUCCAUUUUUCUCAAAGAACUAAAGCUGUUAACUACUUGAAUUUAAUAUAUACAUACAAAAUUAUAAAUUCUUUCGUUAAAAAAUAU